GGCGGCCUCCAAAAACCGAUGCCAUCCAGAGGAGCUGCUGAGGUCACGCUCUCAUCCACCGACGACGAGCCGCCGGCUGCCAAGACCAAGACUUGCUCCUAGCCGCCGGCCGCACUUUUUGAUCGUCCCGUACUCCCGUGCCACCAAACUAUGCUAACGGAGCAGAUAGUAGAACACGCUAAAGCUGGCCAAUGAUUUGGACAGAGAAUCGUGGAGUCGCCGGUGGCGCACUCGGAGCAGUCGAGCUGACCGAGCUGAGUGCCUGACGUAUUUAUUGGCUUCCUCGCCGCGUCGAGCACCAGCACCAGCACCAGCACCAGCACGGCGACCGACCAACACUCCCGUCUUCCAGCCCCGCCCCAACUCCAAGUCGAAGCAUGGAAGCCGCGGCGGCGUCAGCGAGAGUCCUGCGCGUGGCCGCCAUCUGCGGCUCCCUCCGCAAGGCCUCCUUCAACCGCGGCCUCCUCCGCGCCGCCGCGGAGGUGUGCGAGGACUCCAUCCCGGGGCUCCGCGUCGACGAGCUCGACAUCUCCGACCUGCCCUUGAUCAACACCGACCUCGAGACCGGCGGCGGCACUGGCUUCCCGCCCGCCGUCGAGGCCUUCCGCGCCAAGGUCUGCCAGGCCGACUGCUUCCUCUUCGGCGCGCCCGAGUACAACUACUCCAUCGCCACCCCCCUGAAGAAUGCACUUGACUGGGCUUCUAGAGGAAAGAACUGUUGGGCAGACAAACCCGCUGCAAUUGUGAGUGCAGGCGGUGGCUUUGGAGGAGGGAGGUCACAGUACCAUCUCCGUCAGGUUGGAGUAUUCUUGGAUCUUCAUUUCAUCAACAAGCCAGAACUGUGCGUCCAAGCAUUUCAGCAACCACCCAAGUUUGACAGCGAUGGAAAUCUGAUUGAUGCUGAAAUCAGAGAGCGGCUCAAGCAAGUGCUCUUAUCCCUUCAGGCCUUCACACUCAGGCUCCAGAAGGACUGAAUCAACUCGGGACCAUUGCUUCCCUGAGAAGCGUUUAUGGCUCUGGCACGUCACAUACCUCGCUUGGGACCUGUAAUGCAUUGUGGGUGGCCUGAAAGUUGUAAUAAAUCCAAGGGUGUUCUGUUUGUUGAGUAUUUAAGGUUCGAUCACAUCUAAUAAAGAUUGUGUUAUAGUGUUUUACCUUUCCCAGUAAUGAGAAUUGAUUGUCAGUAGUUGUCUUGUCUUAGCACAUUUUGAAUUUUGGUGUAGGUUUAAUGAUUCAGCGACUAAAAUUAAGUGAAAGUUUGUGAUUGUACAAAUGCAGUUAAAUGAAAUCUAAUCUGGAUGGCCAGUGUGAACCAGAGUUACGUA